AAAGUACUUUUAAUGUUGGGUUGAGUUGUUACUUAAAAAUAUAGUGUUGAAUCGAUCUACUCUUUCAGGACAACCUGUAUAUUUCUUCUCCCUCCUGCGCGCCCCAGCUACUGUAUUGAAUAGGAUCGAGAGAAUUCAGCGUAGGUUCAUUUGGAGUGGGCAUGAGAUAAUAGCAAGACCCCUCUUAUCAAAUGGGAUAUGUGUAAAGCAAGAAAAGAGAAUGGGGGAUUGGAUAUCAGAGACCUAAAGUGUUUCAAUAAGGCUUUGUUGAGCAAGUGGUUGUGGAAGUUCGCGGAGGAUAGAGGAAGUUGGUGGAGAGAACUAAUUGAUAUUAAGUAUUUGAUGGGGAAUUCCGUAUGGCAGAGCAAGAGAUGCAGUUGGGGUUUUGGUGGAUCGGUUUCGGCAAAUAUUACAAAGGAGUACGCUGAUUUCUGGAAGGCGGUGUAUAUUGACCCUGGUGGAGGUGUGAACAUGAUUCUCGCCGAGUCCUACCCUAGAGUCGCCGCCACUGCUGCUAGGCUCGACGCCUGGAUCUAAGACUCAAUCAGGCAAUCAGGUGAGAGUUUGGUUUGGAAUAUUGGUUUGAAUAACCAAUUGAGAGGGGGGUGAAAGGGAGAGGGAGAGUUUAAAGUUUUUGAGUAACUUUGAUUUACGAAGGGUGGCGUGUGGUCCAAGCAAAUUGGUUUGGUCACCCAAUCCCAAUUCUACUUUCUCUGUGAGUUCCAUGUACAGGGUUCUGAUAGAGGGACGAUUCCAGGGGGUGGCUGAUUUCCCCAACAAAUUUGUGUGUCGCAA